ACAUGCAGUUCUUUGCCACUCUCCUCCUUUUGGUGCCAUUUGUGCUCGCUGCUCCAGGUGACGACCUCGGCACCCGUCACCGUGAUGCUAGCUGCACUGCUUCAUCAACUUUGCAUCUCAUUGAAGGCGAAUGUACCACCGCUAGCGGCGCCCUAUCAAUCAACUUCCUCAAGAACACUGACUGUGACCUUCAUGUGACCACCGACUGCUCUGACACCCCAGACCACCGAACUCUGGAGCAGGGUUGCCGUACCUUCAUGCCAGGUGACGAGAAGUACAUGGCCAUCAAGUGCGCUACCCAGGCGUAAAGUUUGGAAAUAAACGAUUCCAUUGUACGGGGUUUGACUGGGAUUAUUAAACCAUCAAGGAACAGGAGCUCAUCUAUCUAGAUAUCUCUGUGUCUGUUAAACAUCGUUAAUAGUCCAAUCCAGUACAUCGAGUUAAUG